CCCUACCCUCGUCCCUCCCCCUCACAAGAAGAAGAGGUCUCAAGGCGAAUCAGCGAUAUGCAGAAUAGGGUCGCCCAAGCUUGUUCUUCCUCCGGCAAAUCCGCCCGGCUCGUGGCCAUCUCCAAACUUCACCCACCCUCAUCAAUCAUGGCCGCUCUUCGUCUUACCUCGCAAACCCACUUUGGAGAGAACUACGUCCAAGAGCUAUGCGAUAAGGCUCGCGUUCUACCCCGUGAGGUCAAGUGGCACUUCGUCGGGGGCCUGCAGAGCAAUAAAGCCAAGUUGCUUGCCGCUGUGCCCAACUUGUGGUGUGUGGAGACGUUGGACUCUGCGAAAGCGGCUAGUGGGUUGGAGAAGGCCCUCACUGCCGAGGGAGGGGCGAGGAUAAAGGAGCGAAAGGAGUGCGGACUUGGUCGUUUGCGUGUGUUGAUCCAAGUCAACACAAGUGGCGAAGAGGCAAAGAGCGGUGUUUCUCGAGAGGGGGACGAGCUGGAGAAAUUGGCCAGGCACAUCAUAACGGAGUGCCCUAACUUGAGGCUGGCGGGACUCAUGACUAUUGGGUCGGCCGCUAAUUCCAAGGCGGCGGGGAGUGAUGGGAAGACGCUCAGUCGCCAGGAGGCGCUUGAGGCCAAUCCGGACUUCAAGGCGCUCGAUGAUGCCAGGGAGGUAUUGGUAAGGGCUCUGCGCGCCGAUCCGCCGUCUCUGCCCUCUGGUCAAGAGGAGAAGGAGGGGGACGAUGACAAUUAUUCCUCCCUCCUCUCCUCAAGCGACGAUACCACCGGCGGUCUGGAGCUCAGUAUGGGCAUGACAGCCGACUUCGAGGUAGCCAUUGCGGCAGGUAGUGGUAAUGUACGCGUGGGGACGGCCUGCUUUGGGCAGAGGCCU